AAUCUUGGUUACCGUAAUUAUAGAAAUAUAGAGAAAAUUCUAUAGUGAAAAACGUUUUGCAGAACAAACGCCAACGUAAAAUUUCCACAUAGUGGAAAUAUAUACCCUAUACCAUAUACAUGGAAAAAUGGCAUUUAUCAUCAAUGCUUUUCAAAGAUGUAAAGCUCUGGCUAAAUUUCAAACGCCAGUGAACGAUACAUGUUUAGGUGUGCUACCUUGUUAUCAACAAACUCGUAAUAAAUGGCCAGACUUUAGAAUGAAAAAAGAUGCACGGAAAAGAAACACUCUCAAAGAAUAUGGUGUAUACAAGCUGCGCUAUAAUGCACUUCGUAAGAACGAUAUCAUUCCUUUAGAAAUUCAAGAAAUUGCCGACAAAGAAAUCUACAAUUGUCCUAGGGACGCUAGUAUAACCAGAAUUGUACAGCGUUGUCAGGUAACUUCUCGUCCUCGUGGUAAUGUCAAACGAUGGCGUUUGAGUCGAAUUGUGUUCAGACAUCUAGCUGAUUAUAACAAAUUAGCAGGUGUUCAAAGGGCAAUGUGGUAAAAUGAAAAUGAAAAAUGUUGCUGAUGUAUAGUCUUGUUUAACCAACAAAUUAAUUAAAAUAAUUUAUAUUAUACUUUGAAGUUGGAGUUAUAUUUAUGAUUAUUGUAUUAUAAAUUAAGUAAAUACAAUG